GAGGGGGAGCGUCAGCGAGGCUCCCCAAAGACUGUCCGUUCCGCCGGCUGCCUCUUCACGGAAGGGAAGCGAGGUCUCCCAGGGCACCCUUUCUCAGAGGGGGGCCGAGGAACCCCGAAGGCCGUCUGUUCCAAGAGGGCCAAACUACCUCCUUCCGGGCCCUUCUCUGCGGAAAGGGAGUGGGGUCUCUGAGAAUUCGUUCUACCAACAACCGGGUGACCUUCCACAGAACAAUUCUCCCCACAGAGGAAGUGACGCUUUCUGGAGCAGGACCUCCUCACCAAAAGGGGGCGAACUCCCAGCUGGGACCUCAUCCCGCCGAGGGAGUGAGCUCUCCCAGGGACCUGCCUUGAGGUCAGGGUGUCAGGAAGAAAACGAGCUCUCCUUCGGGGGUCCUCCGCAGAGAGGGAGGACGUCCAUCCGGAACAUCUCCCCUCAGCCGGUGGUGGACUACCGGUGCGGCAAGUGUUCCAUCCAGCCGGGGCAGCUCACCAUGACGAACAGUCAGAUGCUGAUGGCGAUGCAACAGAGCCUCAAUUCUCAACGGGAGGAAAUCUACCAGAGGUCCCGGGCUGCAUCCAGAAUAGGGAGAACCCAAGUAGACAACAGAUGCACCCCCAUCUCCCCAAAUCCAAGUGACUUGCCCCAGGUGACAACCCAGAGCUAUCUGAGGCCUAUGGCAAGCCCCAAGGAGGAUUCUGCACAAGUAAAUCCCCCAAGGAGGGAAUCCUUUCAGGUGCCCAAGGCGUUUCCUCAGCUGGCACUGGAAUUGGGACCACAGGACACCUGCCAGCCACCUCGGAAACUCAUCCGCAAACACGUCCCCAACCCCAAGGAUGAGUGGACCCAGACGGAGCCGGCCUACAAGGUCUCUGUUUUCCCAAAGAGCGACUCUCCUCAAGCAGAGGUGUGGUUGGCCCUUCCUCUCCCCACAGAGGCUGAAGCAAGGAGGAGCUCUCUUGAACCGCACUCUGAACCCACCCGCCGGAAGAGCUCUCCUCCCAGGGAGCCAGACACGAGGCGGGCCACCCCUGAACCGCCCCCUGAACCCACCCGCCGAAGGAGCUCUCUUCCCAGGGAGCCAGACAUGAGGUGGGCCACCCCUGAACCACCCCCUGAACCCACCCGCCGGAAGAGCUCUCCUCCCAGGGAGCCAGACACGAGGCGGGCCACCCCUGAACCGCCCCCUGAACCCACCCGCCGAAGGAGCUCUCCUCCCAGGGAGCCAGACAUGAGGCGGGCCACCCUUGAACCGCCCCCUGAACCCACCCGCCGAAGGAGCUCUCCUCCCAGGGAGCCAGACGCAAGGCGAGGCACCCAUGAGCCCCCUCAAGAACCCACCCGCCGGAAGAGCUCUCCUCCCAGGGAGCCAGAUCCGAGGCGGGGCACACUUGAACCACCCCCUGAACUCACCCGCCGAAGGAGCUCUCCUCCCAGGGAGCCAGACGUGAAGCGGACCUCCCUCCAGGCAAGGUCUGAACCAACCCAGGGCAUUUACAGGCCUUCCCUCCACCCUGUGUAUGAAUCUGAGUAUCGCUGCCCAAUCCACCAGGAGAUGGAGGAUGCUUGGAAGCGGGCUCUCUCCCUGGGGCAUGAGCCACCUGGCCAGCAACCCCUUUCCACCGCCGAACAGAGAAAAAGUUCCCUCCAAGCCCGGCUCGAACCGGCUCCAAGGGGAUCCGUCCCUCAGGAGCCUGAGGCAAGAAGGGUCUCCUUGCUGAAAGGUGUCGAAGCCAAGAGGACCCCCCUCCACACAGUCCCCAAAUCCACCAUUCGUGUGCCCCCCUGGCCUGACUCUCUGCCGCAAGAAUUCCAGCCUGUCUACAGACCUGCUUCUCAUCCAGAGAGCGAAUCUGAGUACAGGUGCCCUUUUCAUAAAGAAAUGGAGGCAGCCCUCAGCCGGUCCGCCCCUCCAGGGACUGAUAUUCCACACAGGGGCUCCCUCGUCAGGGAGACCCCACCGCACGGGAGCCUUGGGCCGGCUUGGGCCCAGUCAGAGCCUGGCCUCGAUGCCCAUCAGCUUCCGAGAGGUUCUCUUCAGCCCACCAGUGCCACCAUAGCAAGACCCAGGCCCCUGUCGGAUCCAGAGGCCACCGUGAACUGGGGACUCUUGCCUCCAAGGCCCUUAAGCAAGUUUGGGCCUCAGUCAACUUGGUGGCCUUUGCUCCAGCCAGGCCAAAGCCCUCCCACCCCGGAUGUGAUGGACAGGCACCUCAGCCUACCAGCUCCAGACUUCGGAGAGAAGCAUUCCAGCUUAGCUCUGGAUUUGAGGGAGAAGCCCUGCAGCCUGCCAGCUCCAGAUUUGAGGGAGAAGCCUCGCUCCAGCUUAGCUCCGGACUUGAGGGAGAUGUUAAGCAGCCCGCCGGCUCCAGACCCAGCAAAGGUUUUUCCUGGGGAGUUGGAGGAAGCCUUGGGUUUGCCGCAGGAUGCCAUUUCCACCUCGAGCCAAGACCUGCCAAGACAGACAGCGCGUUUUGAAGAGCCGCCUGCCCACCUGGACCAGAGGCCGGCGUGUGUGGGUCCCAGCAGUGAGGCCGAUGACCUCAUCAACCUGCGGCGAGGGAAGGACCCCCUGAGGUUUAGUGCUUUCUUUGUGGAUGUCUCGGACGAGAUGCACACGGACGUUCUCUGGUGGCUGAAAGACGAAGAGAUAAAGCACCUCUUGAAGGAAGACUCGGAGGAGGCCGAGCUGGUCCAUUUCCUCAACGACUACCCGGCUGAGGAGGGCUUCCGCCGUGUGGAGCCGGGAGAGGCCUGGAAGGACAGGGGCCGCGGUGGCGGCGCAGAGCCCGAGAUGUUCCCCAGUGCGGCGCUCAGGACCCUCCCCGAUGAGGCCUCAGAGGAGAAGGAGCAGAAGGGCUUCCACCGCCCGCGGCCUCUGGAUCUGAAGCAGCACAUGGCCGCUCCAACGCCCCCCAGCCCGUCCCGUCCCAGAAGCCCCUGGGGCAGGCUGGACCCCUAUGAGUCUGAUGAGGACGACAAAGAGUAUGUGGGUUUUGCCACGCUCCCCAAUCAAGUCCACCGGAAGUCUGUGAAGAAAGGCUUCGAUUUCACCCUCAUGGUUGCAGGAGAGGCCGGGCUUGGGAAGUCCACCCUGGUGAACAGCCUUUUCCUCACAGACUUGUACAAAGACCGCAAACUCUUAAAUGCCGAAGAACGGAUCCUCCAGACAGUGGAGAUCACCAAGCAUGUGGUGGACAUCGAGGAGAAGGGCGUCAAACUGCGCCUGACCAUCGUGGACACGCCAGGCUUUGGAGAUGCCUUGAACAACACAGAGUGCUGGAAGCCGGUGGCUGACUAUGUAGACCAGCAGUUUGAACAGUACUUCCGGGAUGAGAGCGGCCUGAACCGAAAGAACAUCCUGGACAACCGCGUCCACUGCUGCCUCUACUUCAUCUCGCCCUUUGGCCACGGGCUGCGGCCGCUGGAUGUCGAGUUCAUGAAGGCUCUCCACCAGCGGGUCAACAUCGUUCCCGUUCUAGCCAAAGCGGACACUCUCAUGCCUUCCGAGGUUGAGCGGAUGAAGAACAAGAUCCGCGAUGAAAUUGAUCAGUUUGGGAUCCGCAUCUACCAGUUUCCUGAAUGUGAUUCGGAUGAAGAUGAGGAUUUCAAGCUUCAGGAUCAAGCCCUCAAGGAGAGCAUCCCUUUCGCCGUCAUUGGGAGCAACACGGUGGUGGAGACGAAAGGCCGGCGGAUCCGUGGGAGGCUGUAUCCGUGGGGCAUCGUGGAAGUGGAGAACCCUCUGCACUGCGACUUUGUCAAGCUGCGGACCAUGCUGGUGAGGACCCACAUGCAGGACCUGAAGGACGUGACGCGGGAGACCCACUACGAGAACUACCGGGCGCAGUGCAUCCAGAGCAUGACCAGGAUGGUGGUCAAAGAGCGGAAUCGCAACAAAUUGACAAGAGAAAGUGGGACAGAUUUCCCCAUUCCAGCCAUCCCCUCAACACCAGAUGUGGAGACGGAGAAGCUGAUCCGGGAGAAGGACGACGAGUUACGCCGAAUGCAGGACAUGUUGCAGAAAAUCCAGCGGCAGAUGGAAGAUGCCCACUAGCCUCUGACCCCUCAGAUCCUGCAAAAACACCUUUGCUCCUCGCGACACAAAAUGUUUACAUCUCAGCUGCUCCAUCUGCCCCUCCCCAGCGCUUGGCCCUGACGAUGCACCUUGCACCUUAAGCUAACGGUCAUCCGAUGCAAUGAUCAUCGCCUUAUAACCAACACUCAUCCCGGCUUCUAGAUCGGAUUUCCUAAGGAACGAAGAGCUCACCCGGGCGCCAAAGAUUCUGCCUGCGACUCUCCAGCAUGUGAGAAUGUUCUGCCUCUUGCUGACCUGAACCCUUUGGCAGCCGUCGCGAUUUGGGUGCAAUUCAUGUGCAAUUCAAAUACCUCUUUUUCCAGCUGCAGGAGGAUUCAGCAAACACGGAUUUCUCGCUCCUAGCUGACGGCAGUGUGUGUCCUCGGAUCAUUUGCCCAGCAAAUCCCACCGUGACAACCUUAGCUUUUGCCCAUGUUCCUCUCUGGCUAGGUACCAGAUUUUUUCUUUUUAAUAUGAGUGAUUUCUCUGAUCAAACACACCCUCUGCCCUCUCUGUUGCUGAAAACAUGUGACGGGACACUUUAUAGGUGAAAUUACAAAUUUAAAACCCAGAUGCAUUAUCAAAUUGCCUGUUUGAGAGAUCAAAUUUUAUUUAUUUCAUAAAAUUUAUACACCGCUUGAUUGUUAAAAAAACCCAACCACCCUCAAAGCGAUUUACCAAAAAGAUAGAACAAUGAAAUUAUCAAUAAGAAGUGACAAUGAUAAUUUAAGACUUUCGGAAAGUUAAAGUAAAUGUAGACUAAAAACAGAUUAAAACUUGCACCUGCUUUCUAAACAUCUGGGUAGGCUUGCUUAACCAAGAAUGCUUUUAGCAGGAGCCGAAAAGAGUACAGUGGAGGUGCCUGCCUGAUGUCAAGAGGCAGGGAGUUCCAAAGUGUAGAUAUUGCUGUGCUAAAAGUUGGAGUUUUUAAAAGGGCAGAACGUAUAUUAUGUGGCACCUGUAACAGUGCCAGUUCUGCUGAUUGAAGCAGUCAAGUGGGCAUAAAUGGGGUAAGGCAAUCUCAUGGGGUUGUUUUAAAAUUUGACUUUUUUUUUGGUCCUCUUAAUAUUUUGUUAAGUUAAUUUGAAAGACUGUGGGGGUCAACUGGUGCAAGGUCUCCAAUUAAAACGAAUGGGAGUUCAAUAUCUUUUUGCAUCCAAGAUCUCCUUGGUGGCUUUGUUCCUAUGAAUACGAAAUACAUUUAUUUUAUAUCCUGUUUUAUUUGGGGGGGGGCGAAAAAUCCAACAACCCUCCCAGCCCCCAUAAUUGAGAAAUGCUCAAAACAAAACACGGAAUUAAAAGAUUUUUUUUUUUUUGCAAGUUAAUUUUAUUAAGGACAAUUGGCCUGAGAAAUUUACUUCUUCGCGUCAUAAGGGUUUCUGGCGCAAACUAGGAGAGCAUCAGGGUGUGUUUUUUUGCUCAGUCAAAUACACCUGAACUGCAGCCAAAUCGCAGUAUGAACCUCUACUCUGCAGCCUAAUUUGCUCAGAAAUCUUCCAAGAGGUCUAUAAACUUGAGCGACGCCUUUUUCAGAGGCUGCUUCUGCAUGCUGCGGGCAUCCCUCGGAGCCGUGUUUGUGAGCCUGCUGCAAACCCCCAUCUCUGCUGAGCAUCCAUGCGCCAUGCUAAGCUUGAAGAGAUCAAGUCAGCGAGCCAAGCUGCACAAUACCCCGUCUCCAAACCGUACAUUCAUUGUUCUUGUGUAAAAAGGGACUGGUGGUGAGAGAUGGAUUCAGGGGGCAGAGAGGUGCUGUCGAAGCCACCAGCUCCUCUGCACAGCCUUCUCCCUGGGGUUGUCGGAACGGACCGUCGGAGAGACGCCGGAAUCCAAGCCCAUUCCAUGUGGAAGGUGGGGCAGAUCUCCUGUUUCAAGAAGUGGCCUCCAUGGGGAAAGAUCUGGAGAAGCAGCAGCACAAACCCUGGUCUGGACGCGCCCUCACAAAGUCUGCUUGCUUGGAGCCUGCAUGCACAGCUCAGUGUGGAUGGGCCUACUAAAAUAUCUAGACCCCCUUUUUUUACGUUAAAUCAAUGAGCCACCCCUACCUUUGCUUCUUCUCUCUCCAUCAGCCACAGAGAAGGAAGAGACCUGAGCAGGUGGGCGGAUGCUCCAGGCACCUGUAGGUGCCAAAUAUCGGGAGCCCCUGUGCAGCCAAAGAAUUGGCAGAACCUCACUUCGUGUUGGAAUAAGGAACAUUGAACAUGUUCUGCCAGAGGCCCCUACAGGAAAACGCUGGGCAAAAGAGGAAUGCAAAGACCCCCUCAUAUUACCAGCAUCUGGUCAUCUGGAAUAGGCUUCAUCUGGCAGUGAAGGCUCUAUUCCUUGUUCGCAUCAGAGAUACCUGCUAGUUUCUGUGGUGGCGAUGCCUGAAUUCUCUUUGUUUUAAGCUGCCUGCACGACUGGCUGUUGCAACAUCUGGAGUUGAGCCCAAAUUCAGCCAGGGACUCCGAAACCCCUGCCUGAGAGCUCAAAGAACCGUCACAAUGGUCACCUUGUGCAGAAGCCUCUGCACGAGGAAAGCCUGUAAGACGCCGUGUCUCACAACCACCACAGCCCUGAAUUUUAGGCCGCUUUUGCAUCAAGCCACCAAACACAAUAGAACAGGUUGCCAACUAACCAGGGAAGAAGCCACCCCAGCCUGCUCCUGUGCCUUCAACAGCACCUUGAUUUGCACAAACUGGCAGCUAAUGCUUUUCAUGGCGUGGCAGGAAAAUCCUCCCUCCUAACCCAAGUCCCAUGUCUGCAGAUUGACCUGCUAUUAAUGCACAGGAGAGCAGGGGCUGGUUGAAAAGUUGGCAACCCUAGCAUAAGCUUGGCUUCAAAAUACUCCCUUUUUACUCCUUAGGUUUCUUACUGCCUUCUUGUUAUUCCUUUAUUGUUUGAUAUAUUUAUUAUUGUUGUCAAUUAUGGUUUACUGUUAAUUAUUAUUAUUUCCCGCCCUCAGCCAGGAAGAGAGAAGUUACAUUUCCACAUGUUCCUCUGCAUGAGAUGUUGGCAAAAUGCCUGCUUUUUCCAAGUCACUCAGUUUUAGAUAUUAUUAUUAUUAUUAUUAUUAUUAUUAUUAUUAUUAUUAUUAUUAUUAUUAUUAUUGCAAUUGGAGUGGUGGAGCAUUGACAAAGCUCUUUGGAAAAGCAAUUUGCUUUUGAGAUGGCAGACCUUCUGUGGAGAGGUGACCCUCAGCCCCAGAUCUACAAACUCACACCUUUGUAGCAUAGAAUCUCAGAAUGAAAGAAUCCCUGGCUGUCAACCUCUGUUGAAAAACCUCUGAGGAAAAAUAGUCCACCACACAUCGUCUAGGGUGGGGGGCACCAGGUUGGCAAAGGAUGCCUUAACUCCCCCUGCCUCAACCUCUUAUUUUGGGGAGCUGUGAAGGAGGUUUGCGUUGGGGUGGAGAGGAAUGAUUGUUUCUGGUUUUGCUUCUUUAUUUUCCAAAACUUGCUAUUUUCUUACCAAAAAAGAGAGGGUCUAUAUCUUUGCACGGUCGUACCAAGAAAAGAGAAGGAAAGCUUUAUUUAUUUAAAAGCUGUAAAAAACACAAAAAUUAUAGGUUUAUACAUUCAAAUCGCUCCAGUCGAAAUAUUUUUUAUCCUGCUAAUAAAUGUAGCUGAUUUCCAUGA